UCUGCUUCUGCUUCUUCACUCUCAAUUGCUUAACGACAACAGCAAUAACACAGCACCCUUCACGCUCACACUUAUCCUACCAUAUCCAUCAUAUCCACAAUGGAAAUCGACGAAGCCCCUGCCUCCACCUCCCGUCUUGAUCAUCUCGCCGAACUCGCCACCUCGCCAUCCCACGCCAUCAACCAUCCCCCUACCACCUCCCCCUCAUCCACCGCCCCCUCCUCUUCCUCCUCUUCCUCGUCUACCUCCGCCUCACGCCAACACUCCUCUUCACAACAACAACAACAACAACAACAACAGGCACAACCACAAGACGACUCGCACUCACACUCGCACCACCACCACCUCUCCCACCGCUCCACCUCCCCUCCAUCCUCUUACAUGAAGGACACCCGUGCUUCCUCACCAGCAGCACACCACCACAGUCGGCCACAGAUUGUGCAGCAACAGCUGGAGGCCGAAUCUGGCUCUGGCUCUGGCUCUGCCUGGGCUCGCUCUCCCAUCACCCCAACGACUACCCGUAAAUUCAAUCGCAUGGCUAUCCACGAGGUUCUUGAGGACCACAACUCUCCCUCAUACAAGCGCAAGGGAUCUCCUGAGGACUCUUUCUCAGACACUCCCUCCAGCUCUCGGACCCGCUCCUCUGCAGCAGCAUCGUCUGCGCGUGCAGGAUACGCCAACCCAGACCAUUCGCCCAACCCCCCUCACCCGCACCACGCCCACUUCGCACCGCACCAUCCGCGUUCCCCCCGCCACCGCCAAGAGUCCCCCAUGCCUCAAUCCAACUCCGAGGACGAUGACGACAGCGACCUCCGCAACUACAAAAAGCGGAGGAUGAUGCUCGCCUCUUCCUCGUCCUCAGUCCAUAACCCCAAACAGUCCUCUACCUCCCCUGGCGCCGGUGGUCCUCCCGAAGUCAUGGACCAGGUGCGCACCACCCUCAUGCUGAAGCAGCAGCAAAAGGCCAUCAUCGAGGCCAGACAAAGCGGUGCCUCUGCCUCUACCGCUGCUCCUGCUCCCGCUUCUGCAUCCAACUCAACCACAUCCCCACAGAGCAAUAAAACCAAGGAUGCUUCGUCCUCCAAUGGCACCAGCAGCCAGCCCGUCACUGAAAAGACAUCCAGCGGCAUCUCUGUCUUCCACGGAAGUGCAUCCUUCGCGGCCAUGAACCGCCGUCCAUUGACGUCGCCCAGGAAUCCCAAGAAUGCAAAGUCGUUGACGAUCUUUGCGCCCUCAUACUCGGACUCCUCGCUCUCAAUCCAUUCAGCCCCUCUUCAGCCCUCACAUGCUCAUCAGGCCAUGAGCAUGAACCCUCGCACGUCGCAGCCUAUACGUAACCAUACUCCACAUCAGCCUCAUCCAUUCUCGCAACACCAGCAUCAGACACAGCACACUGCAACGAUGCCUCAGACUGCAGGACAUGUCAAGAAAUCUUCCAGAGCUACACUCCGCGCUGGACUGCAUACUGCCGGCUUGGACAACAGGUACCUAACCCAGAACCAUAUCAUCAUUUUUGCUAUCAAUUCAUUGUCCUGUCCUUCUCACACCUUUUAUAAUUUCUUCGCUAUAGUUCUGGAACGUUGCCUGCACCGAUUCUGUCAUCACACACGGGACCAUUGCCAUCACCAAUGUAUCCUCAUCCUCCAGUAACCCCUUUCCACCCCAACAGCCACAGCCUUCCGGGCCAUGUUUCUAAGCCAGUAUUCAUGGAGACGGUGUCAAAUCUCUUUGACUCUGUGGAUUCGACCCGCUCAUUAAAGCACACGUUGGAAGAGCAGAUCCGCAAA